GCCUCAAUUAUUUAGCUUUUGACUUUCUGCUUCCUCGUUCCCAUCUCCUAAAGUCUUCCUUCUUCCAUUCCACCGCUUUACCCGUUAACGGGUCUCCCACUCUUAAAAACCUUUGGUCAAUAUCUUCUUCUCCCUGUUUUCUCCAAAAAUCCACGUGUGCACCUCUCAUUGGUUUUACCCUUUGACAGAAAUCAGGUCAGAAACGGCAAGUCAGCAUUUGCAUUGAAAUAGAAGAAAAUAAAACCAUUCAUCAAAGUUUGACUCCCAAUACAUUAGAAUACAAUUUCCUCUCUCUUUUCUUUUAUCAUCUUUGGCUUUGUUCUACUUCUCCUUUCUCUUCAUCUCCUUUUCUCUCAUAAAUAUUGGGGUUUUCUCUUUCUCUUCUCUUUGUUUGAUGUUUUUACAGAUAUGGCUGUAGAUUUGAUGACCACUAGCUGUAGGAACAAUAGUUACACAUCAAAAAUGGAUGAAAACGCCAUGCAAGAAGCUGCUACCGCUGGUUUACAAAGCGUUGAGAAAUUAAUCAGAUUGCUUUCUCAAUCUCAAAAUCAUUCACAAAAACUGAAACAGAACUUUCAAGAUCCAUCUUUAAAAGCUAACCCCACCAUAGAUUUUUCAACAGAUUACCUAGCAGUAGCUGAUACAGCUGUCAACAAAUUCAAAAAGUUCAUUUCUUUACUUGGCAAAUCAAGAACCGGUCAUGCCCGGUUCCGUAGGGGUCCAGUCACCACCAGUCCUAAAGAAAAGGAGAACCCACAAUCCGGUUCAAAAAUCUAUUGUCCGACCCCGGUUCAGUGUUUACCUCCGUUCCCCCAAAACUCGCACGUCCAGGUGGGGUCGUUGGAGAGGAAAGAGUCAACGACGACCAUCAACUUUGCUACCCCAUCGCCAGCGAAUUCAUUCAUUUCAUCGUUAACAGGUGACAGCGAGAGUUUGCAGCCGUCGAUGACGACGUCGUCAGGUUUUCAAAUAACAAAUCUGUCAUCAGCCGGCCGGCCGCCUCUCUCGACGUCGUCCUUAAAACGGAAGUGCAGUUCCAUGGAUGAUAUGGCCGUUAAGUGCAGCAGUGCUGGUGGAUCAUCUGGCCGUUGCCAUUGCCCCAAGAAAAGGAAAUCAAAGGUAAAACGAGUGGUGAGAAUCCCUGCUAUUAGCAUGAAAAUGGCUGAUAUACCACCAGAUGACUUUUCUUGGAGGAAAUAUGGUCAGAAACCGAUCAAGGGUUCUCCUCAUCCCAGGGGAUAUUACAAGUGUAGCAGUGUAAGAGGAUGUCCAGCUAGAAAACAUGUGGAGAGGGCAUUGGAUGAUCCAAACAUAUUGAUUGUUACAUAUGAAGGAGAACAUGAUCAUCCAUUUUCCAUUACAGAGACACCACCAUCUGCUAUAGUCAUUGAAUCUUCUUAACCUUCAAUAUUCAACUAAUCUAGGAGCUAGUUCUUUGCCCCACCAAGAGACGUGAAGAUUCUGUAAAACCAGAAAGCAAUCAAUGCAAAAGUUUCAUUUGGUCAACUCCUAGAGAAAAGAACAAGAUGGAGCAAGAGGCUUUUGGGGGUGUGUGAAAGGGAAGGGAUUCUUGGGGGUUGGGGUUUUGCGGGGUGGGGGGGGGGUCCAUUUGUUUAUUGUUCUUUGUUUGUUGGCAGUUGAAAACUUUUGAUUUUGCGUGAAAAGUAAAAGAGAAAUAUCUUAAAGUUUGUGGAUUUGGCGGACAUUGAAUCAUGCAAGUAGUGGGGUUUUACUUGUUUUUUUUAGUGUGAGUGCGGGAAUUUCUUAUGUUUUACAUCUUUUUUGUCAACCAUCCUCAUACACCUUACAUAUAUCAUGUUAAUAAGACUAUUCUUUUGUUUUCCUC